AUGACCACGGUCAGGGGUGACACAGGCGACUCCUUAGACUACCUCGUCAUCUGCGCUGUCGUAAUUGCUGCUGUGGCAUUGAAGAGAGUACAGCGCCAGAUCCACGUCCCUUACACCGUGUUCAUGCUGCUCGCCGGUGUGUGGUUCUCCUACCAAGACCUGCAAACCCAGGGCUCCCUCUCCACUUGGCUGCGCAACAUCAAGUUUCAAGUGCUCAUGGUGUUCGUGCCGGCAGCCACUGUCUACGCCACGCAAGGCAUCAAUCACUUCAUCUUUCGCAGGUGCCACAGGGAGAUACUGGUGUUUGCCGUCGGUACGCUCGUCAUCAGCACAGUGGUUUCGGCCCUGUACGCGUACAGCUUCCUGGGCCCCAUGAACAUAAACGAUUGCUUGCUCUUCGGCAUACUGCUGUGCUCCAACGAGCGACUGCCCAUUGCCGACGAGCUGUUCGAGGAAGGGCGCUACCCGAUUUUAACGACCAUGCUGCAAGCGGAGUCGGUCCUGAACAACCUCUUCGUCUGGUCUGUCUUGGACAUCAUCGAGGCUAACGAACAUCAAGGUCUAGCGACGAUACUGAACCACCUUCUGCUGUCGCACGUGCUCGGGACCUUAGGCGGCGUAGUGAUGGGUGCCUUGGCCAUCUGGUCGCUGCGUGUGUCACCUCAGAGCCAGAGCAGCAACACGUACCUCCACAUUUGCAUGACGUACGCGACUUUCUGCCUGCUCGAGGUGAUGGGCACGUCGGGUGUGGACGGCGUGGUCGCCUUCACGCUGGUCACCACGUCGCACCGCCUGGUCGCCUGCACCGAGCUCGAGGGCUUGCUGCACAAGUACUGGUCCACCAUCUACGACGUGUCUGGGUUCCUGUCGCUUUUCAUUUCGUCCCUCUACACCGGGGAGCUGCUGCUCAUAUUCUACGGAAACGCCGGAAUGUCGCAGGUCUCGAUGGCCUACAUGGUGCGCACGGCGGCGCGGCUCUUCUCGGUGGUCGCCCUGUUCCCCAUCAUCGAGCAAUUCGGCUACCCUGUGUCUUGGCGGCAAGCCAUGGUCACAGUGUGGAUGGGCCUGAAAGGACCGCUCAACAUCACCGUCAUCACGUACCUCUACCACUACCAGUCGACCCUCAAUGUAGACUACGUGGGAAGGACUUUCACUAACAUCGUCUGUGACAUAGUUCUCACCCAAGUCAUUAACAUCACUCUCCUGGAGUACAUCUGCAAGAUAUUUGGAGUGCUCGAAGUGUCGGAAAUAGAGAAGCGCACCAUGACAAGUGCCGUCACUUACCUGCGAGACCACGUGCUGCUGUCCAGCCGAAUGCAGAAUAAAGACUCCUACUUCUUGCCUGUCGACUGGAAGUGGGUAAUGCGUCACACGAUGAUCGAGAACCCGUUCGAGUUCACGCCAAAACCUUGGUUCAACGUUGCCACGAAGAGGAGACCUAAUGCGCGGGAAUCUCAGAUUCAAGCGGAAAAUUUCGCCGUUGAAAAUGUCCUCAGAAUUGAGCAGGUGAGCUACUCGAGACAGUACCGGGAAGGAAUGAUUCAGAAGAGCACCAUGAUGACACUCCUGGCAGCAUUGCAGUAUCCCUUUGACAAGAAAGUCUACAUGGGUGCAGACACCAUCGAGUCCCUCAUCGACAUUCCAGAAUGGAUUAAGUGGAUGAAGGAGCGGUUGUCGGUGUCGAGCUUCGGUGAAGACUUGAUGGAUGACACGGAGUCCUUCCAGAGCCAGAUGGAGCACAACCUGCAGGAGCGCAUCAUCGACAUGUUCGAGCACCAGUACUACGAGCUGGUGAUCACCAGCACCACGCUCACGUUCCUCACGUGCCUGCUGGGCAUGCUCCUCAACGCGCCACUGCCGCCGAAGCCGCGAUCGGAUGCCCUCCUCAUCAUCGAAGGCGUCUACAUCAUACUCUUCGCUGCCGAGAUCACCAGCAUGAUAACAGCUUACGGCCACCGCUUCGUGCGGCUCGACAACUACAACAAGCUGGACCUCGGGCUGGUGGCAACGUGCGUGUUCGUGUUUAUCCUGCAGUUCACCAUCUACUUCCUGUCUGGUCCUGGUGGCAAGUACCUAACUAUCCUCACUGUCGUCUUCAUCCUGGCUGUGUCGGUGCGCCUCGUUCACGCCGUCAAGUACAUCGAGGUGGUACAGAACUGGGUGAUAAACGUCAUCCAUCGGCACCUCGACAAAAUCAUCUACGCUGCAUACGAGACCUCGCUAGCCAUCAUCACGGGCGAGGAGGAGGUGCAGCAGAACGUGUGGAAGUACGUCAAGUCGCCUGACCUGGCUCUGGAGACGCGCAGCCGCGCCACCAACAACCGGCUGAUCGUGCUGCGGAACCUCGUGGAGAUCCAGUCUCGGUUCCCUGGCAUAGCGGUGGCAUUCAAGAGCCGCCAGGCGGCGCAGACUAUCCUGAACGACGUGUCCGCGCACGUGGACGAGAUGCAGCGAGACGGCUUCUUCAGCGAGCAGCAGCACCGCGAGCUGUACCAGACGCUCAAGGACAAGAUGAUGGGCGUCAUAUGCGCCCCAAACAGCUUGCCGGCCAGCUACAAGCCCAUCGCUGUGCUCCGCGUGAUCCCAUGGAUCGGCUCGGACAGCGUGCGACAAUUCCUCGCGAUGCAGCUGAGACCCGUUGCCUUUCCAGCAGGCGAAGUCAUCAUCGACAGAGGAUGCGAAAGCCCAAUUAUCAUCGCGUAUUCGGGCAUUGUGAAGGUCGAGGGUGACGUGGAGUUUCGUAGCGACGGCGCGCUGCCGAACUCUUCGUCCUCGCUGUUCUUCUUCAGCGACGACUACUUCGAAGACUAUCUCGGUGCUCCUGUCACGCUGGGCACCCUCGGCCUGGUCUCGGAAGAGCCUACUGUCACGCGCGUCACAACCGAGACGCCCGUCAAUGCAUAUAUCAUCCCUCGGAGUCGCGUCGCAGAGGCGAUACAGGUAUUUACCAAGCCUCCUACGUUCCUGUACCAGAUCUGGUACUACAUCGCCAACGUAUUCGGGGUGCUCAUCCUGCAAACACAGACCAAGUACCAGACUUGGCCCGUGGAGAAAAUAAAACUGCGCCUCAGUUCAUUCCUCCUCCCGGACCUGUCCAGCGCUCACGAUUUUCUGGUGAGCCCAGACAUCGAGGACAUCCUUCUCAUUCAGGGCACGCUUAUCGACGUCAACCUGGGUGACCUCUACGUGGCACCCGCUUACAUUCCUCGGACAGUAAAGAGGUUCGUUUUUCCAGGCGAUUUUGCGACCCGGCCCCGACCGGUUAUAGUCGUUAUCUCGAACAAGCAGUACAAGCUGCCUCUGGAAUUCGACUGGCUUCGUCGGAUACCGACCGAAGAAGAGCGGAACGCCGAGAUGGAGGCCAGUCGCCGCGGAGACAUCGGAAGGGAGCCGAGAUACCUGAACAGGCGCAGAAACACGGACUGACGUGUGCAGUCGUCCAGCGUGGGACGUCCGCUAGAAGUCACAUAUAAUUUUAUGCUUUGCUUUUCAACACAAUCUUGAACAUAUGAAUAUGAAUACAUAUGGGGCGUCAUGUUUGCCCCGUACAAACGUUUGUUGUGUGUGUUUGGACCUCUCGUAAUCGCGCCGU